AUGGGACCAAAGAAGCAGCAGCCCGAGAACUCCAAGAAGGCGCUCGGCCAGGCCCGCAAAGCCGACAAGGCCGCCGCCAAAGUAGGCGCCGAGACCGCGAAGCGUGCGGCCGUGGAGGACGAGGAGUGGAGCAAGGGGUCGAAGGAUAGUGGGAAGAAAGAAGCUGCCGAAGCCAAAAAGCGCGAAGCCGCCACUCGCAAAGCCGCCGCCGCCGCCGCCCUCGCCGAAGAAGAGGCCUCGCUCCCCUCAAAACCCAAGACCAAGUCCAAAGCGCCCGAGAAGCGCACUCGCGGCGGCGGCUUGGACGGUGCACUGGCGUCUCUCAACGCAUCUGGAAUCGACGAUGCGCUCGACGCUUUAUCGCUUACGACCGAUGCGGCCAAGGUGGCGGUUGACAGACACCCCGAGAGGAGGUUCAAGGCGGCGUAUGCGGCGUAUGAGGAGCGGAGACUACCCGAAGUGAGGGAGGAGCACAAGGGGCUCAGGUUGAACCAGAUGAAGGAGUUGAUUAGGAAGGAGUUUGAGAAGAGUCCCGAGAACCCGUUUAAUCAGACGGGGAUUGUGGGGUAUGAUGCGACGAAGGAGGAGAUUGAGGAGGCGAGGAGGAAGGAGAAGGAGAGGAUUGAGGCGAGGUUGACGAAGGAUUAG